GGCCUGAGCAGGCAAACCAUGAAUAGAUACACAACAAUCAAGCAACUUGGGGAUGGAACCUAUGGUUCCGUCCUGCUGGGAAGAAGCAUUGAGUCUGGGGAACUGAUUGCUAUUAAAAAAAUGAAAAGAAAAUUUUAUUCCUGGGAGGAAUGCAUGAACCUUCGGGAGGUUAAGUCUUUAAAGAAGCUCAGCCAUGCCAAUAUUAUAAAAUUAAAAGAAGUUAUUAGGGAAAAUGAUCAUCUUUAUUUUAUUUUUGAGUACAUGAAGGAAAAUCUUUAUCAACUCAUUAAAGAAAGAAAUAAAUUGUUUCCUGAGUCUGCUAUAAGGAAUAUCAUGUUUCAGAUAUUGCAAGGACUUGCAUAUAUUCAUAAACAUGGCUUCUUUCAUCGGGACCUAAAGCCUGAGAACCUCCUCUGCAUGGGACCAGAACUUGUAAAAAUUGCAGACUUUGGUUUGGCCCGAGAGAUCCGAUCAAGACCACCAUACACAGACUAUGUAUCUACCAGAUGGUACCGGGCUCCAGAAGUGCUCCUGAGGUCUACCAACUAUAGCUCCCCCAUUGACAUCUGGGCAGUGGGCUGCAUCAUGGCAGAAGUCUACACCCUCAGACCACUCUUCCCUGGGGCCAGUGAAAUUGAUACAAUCUUCAAAAUCUGCCAAGUGUUAGGGACACCGAAAAAGACUGACUGGCCUGAAGGUUACCAACUGUCAAAUGCUAUGAAUUUCCGCUGGCCCCAGUGUGUACCCAAUAACUUAAAGGCCCUGAUUCCAAAUGCUAGCAGUGAAGCAAUUCAACUCCUGAGAGACAUGCUUCAGUGGGACCCCAAGAAACGACCAACAGCUAGUCAGGCACUUCGUUAUUCUUACUUCCAAGUUGGGACUCCACUACGCAGCACCACACAGAGCCUUCAGGAUUCAGGAAAACCACAGAAGGAUGUCCUGGAAAAGGCAGGCUUACCCCCUCACAUUAAACCAGCCCCUCCUGCCCAUCCCCCAACCAAACCACUCACUCGGAUAUCUUCAAGACAACAUCAAACCACUCAACCCCCUCAGAAUCUCAUAAACCCCUAUAAAGCAGAGGCUUCCAGGACAGAUCACCCCAGCCACCUCCCAGAGGACAAAGCAAGCCCAUUGCAGUUCCCAUCCCUGCACACCAAGAAUCCUCAGUCGAAAAUGCUGGCUGGUCUGGAGCACAAAAAUGGUGAGAUCAAGCCAAAGAGUAGGAGAAGGUGGGGUAUUGGUUCUAGGUCAACAAAGGAUUCCGAUGAUUGGGCUGAGUUGGAUGAUCUGGAUUUCAGUCCAUCCCUCACCAGGAUUGACUUGAUAAACAAGAAAAGACAGAGUGAUGAGACUCUCUGCAGAUUUGAGAGUGUUCUGGACCUGAAGCCCUCUGAGCCCAUGGGUACAGGAAAUAGUGCCCCAUCCCAGACUUCCUAUCAUAGACGAGAUACACCAACCUUGAGAUCCUCGGCCAAGCAACACUACUUGAAGCACUCCCGAUACUUGCCUGGGAUAAAUAUAAGAAAUGGUGUACUCCCAAAUCCAGGCAAGGAUUUUAUCCCAUCUAAUCCAUGGUCUAGUUCUGGUUUAUCUGGAAAAUCUUCAGGGACAGUAUCAGUAAUCAGCAAAAUAACUUCAGUUGGUUCCGGCUCUACAAGUUCUAGCGGACUCACUGGAAACUAUAUCCCUUCCUUCCUGAAAAAAGAAGUUGGUUCUGCUAUGCAGAGGGUACAUUUGGCACCUAUUCCAGAUCCUUCCCCUGGCUAUUCUUCCCUCAAAGCUGUGAGACCUCAUCCUGGGAGACCUUUCUUUCACACACAGCCUAGAAGCACUCCUGGGUUGAUGCCACGGCCUCCAGCUGCCCAGCCUGUGCACGGCCGAACAGACUGGGUUUCCAAAUAUGCAUCUCGGAGAUGACUGUCAUGGAGACCUUCAUAAGGGAACGGGACACACAAUCCCUUAGCCAACUAGUGUUCUAUCUCAAAAAACUUCUAGAUAGUGUAAAAGCAGACACUUUCUAUUAUUCUUCUGAACUAAGACAUUUCAAUAUUCUUUUUUAGCGUUUUUUUUUAAUAUUGAUUUGAAUGAAUACCCUUUUUUGUACAAAAUUAUUUUAUUCUGAAACUGGGUCCCAUUAUUUUCUUAAGCAGCAGCAUUUUGUAUAUAUGGAUUAUGUUUUAGCAUUUUAUACAGUCAAAUUUGUAAUGAACUUUCUAAAGAUUAAUUGAUUUUCCUUUGAGGUUCCAGAUAAUAUUUUAUACAGAUUUAAAAAAAUGUAAUAUUGAUGCAGUAUUGCAACAGGGGUGCAAUUUAAGGCUACAUGAUGGUAGAUUGUUUACUCGUUGUAUGCUAAUAUUUGUGAAGUGGUUAAAUUUUAUUUUAUUUUUAUUAUUUUUUGAGGUGGUUACAUCAUAAAUGUGGCACAUUAGGUACCUCAACCUUUUAUGGGUUGCCAUCAGCUCUAGAAAAAGGAUCCUUUGCUUUUCUCAGUAUCAUAUUAUUGAUUUUAUUUUUAACCCCAUUAUAUUGUUCUAAAAUAGCUAGUAUGUAAUUGAUCCCCCUUCCAGAUGGAAGAACUCUGAGAGGAAAAAGUAUAUAUAUAUAUUUGAGACUUUUAUAAUACCCAUUCUGAUCAUUGGAGACAUCCAAAUGAAAUGAAGCUUCCAUUUGUGAAAUCAAAUUAUAAAUGGACAAAGAGCAACUUUUUAAAUUGUAUAUUUCUCAGAAUGGAGAUUAACAGAGUCAGGUAAACUUGUAUCCCUGCCAAAAUGCAUUAACAUAAAGUUGAAUUUCAAAACUACAGAAAAAUAUUUUUAUUGUAAAAACAACAAAAAUUUGGAUUCAAUUCAGUUUUCCAGUCCUGGCUAAGAACAGACAAUAAAUAAUCUUCUGUCCUGGCCAAAUUCUCAGGGCAUUUUGGGGAACAGAAAAGAUUUAUGGCAGAGGUUACACUUAUAUUGAAGGACACAACUACCAUCCAUAAGGUUGCUAUCCAUACUGUGCCACAUUUGAACUCUUAACUUUCAUGCAGUUUAUUUUAAUAGUAAGAACUCUAUUUGUUGGGCAGAGGCUGUUCCAUUGAGAGGAAUGUUUACAGCAAUUUGUUUGAAGAUGACAAAGCUAGUUUGGAGACAGAAAGGAUAAAAGGUCCACUCUAAUACAUCUCUAUAGUGCAUAUUUGCUGCUACUAAUAGUUACCUUAAAGGCCACAAAGAAAAUCGCUGUCAGUAAAUGUAAUUAUAAUCUCAGUGGUGUACUGACUCCUAUUUUCCUAGAGCUCUUCUUUGGUUCUGGGUUUCAGGAAUAUUUCAAAUUGAACUAUACAAAAUUAAAAUGUGUUAAAGUGAAUUGAUAUGUUUCAACCUAAUAGGUUGUUAAGUGUUUUGAUAUGUUAAGAAUGUGCUGUGGCCCAAACAAAUUAGCAUUGCUCUCAAAGGAUCCUAACCUGAAAUCAGAGAGUAAUUCAUGCUUUGGAGAAUUUGCCUCAAAAAUGUACUUGACCAAGCACUAUGAUCCCAGGGGCAAGAGAAACACACAACAGAUGUGGAUUUGAUAGGUAAUAUUUUCCUGUUGACAAACUGGCAGCACAUCUUUAGAAAAAAUAUAUAAAUAUAUAUAUAUAUAUAUGUAUAUGUAAGCACAACUUGAAGCUGAAUUCAUUUCUGUAUUAUAUUCUCAACUCAUUAUCUAAAGCAACAAAAACUGUGUUUUCAGAGAAGAGUCCUCUACUGUGAGGUUAAUAAUAUUUAUUUUCCUUAUGUAUAAAAAGUGAGCUAAUCUGAAAUUGUACCCAGCUUGCUCGAAAGCUGGUUUUAAAUUGUAAGUACCCUUUAGAAAAGCAAUGAAUUUUGAAUAUCAUUUCCUUGAUGUUCUAGUUUAUGUUAAGGUCAUUACAUUUAUUUAAUUGAAAAGCCUAGUUAUAUGAAAACUUUCUCUACUGCUUUUGUACAACUUAAAUUCAGAAAAUAUUUUAUUUUUCUUCCUUUUACUCUUGCGUAUCAGCAAACAGCUUCUCUUGGGAAGUCAAAUAUAUUCAUUCACGUAAAGGUUAAGAAACUGAUACAUAGUUAAGGAAACUUGAAGGUAGAAAACACAGUUUGCUUUAAAAGAAGUAGUAAAAUCCCAUCUUCUUCCAUGCCCCACACUGGGUAAAAUAAAGGACAAGUUGCAUAUAUGAGCUACAUAUAAUAGAAGGGAAUAAUGACUUCUGUGUUGUUGUUAUUGUUGUAAAGUGAAAACAAGAUUUUACCUGUUGCAUAUAUAUUUUAGCUACUAUAGCAUAUACUGCAAGACUCCAGUAGCAGUUAUCUGUUUAAUUGUAUUAUCUAUGACAAUACCUCAUUUCCAGUCAGAAAGCUUCCCAAGACUUCAGGGGUUGACUCUCAUUCCAUUCCCAAAGGUUGAGAUCUCAGUGUGUUAAAAGGUGCAUGUGUAUGCAGCAGGACAAAUUGCCCAGGCCUCAAAGCUAACCUUGAUGUGAUUGUUCAUUUUACAAUAAAAUUCUGUUACUUACUAAAUCCUCACUCAGCUCAUGUUGUGUAGGAUUUAAGUAGAAAGGAUAUUUUCAAAUAAUUCUCAAGACACCUCUUUUGCCUAAAGGAUUACAGAUACAUCUAAUAAAUUGAUGCUGUGUCAUCUUCUGGAGUUCUCAAAAGUUGAAUGCACAAAAAGCUGAAUACAACCAAGGCAACACAUAUACUACAAAACAAGAAGUGUUUUGUUUUUCAAUACAAAUACUGUACUGUUGGAAUUCAUAAGCACCAUAUUUUCUCAUGAAGUAGCAUUUCCCCUGCCAUCAGAGUCAUCAUUUUUGUGCCAUUUAGGAGAGAAAAAAAGAAUAUAGGCUACAUGUUACAUGUUUAUGGCUUUUGGUCAGUAUAUAGCCAAAAAGCAAUAUGCUUAUAAGAUAAUAAUUGACGUAAUCAUUUUAUUUAAUGCAUACCAUAACAGCUUGUUUUACAUGGUUAAGUUUUAGAAUUAUUUUUGCAAUUUACAACCAAAGUACUGUAUUUCAUAUAACUUGCUGUGAGAACAUUCUCAUGAAGACCAUUAAGAAGACAAACUACAGACAAAUAGUCACAUUUAAUUUGGAUUGUCGGUUUCUUCUAUACGCUAUGCUAAUGUGAAUUUGAAAUGACCUGAACAGUCUUCUGAUAUCAGAUACAUCAGUACUGUCAGCAACUUAAUAACCUGAUUUGAUAACAAGGGAAUAAUUGAGAAUACAUUAAUUUAUACUCCAAUAUUAUAAUAGUGACAACACAGGAGAACAACAAAUCACAGAAUCCCUCCUAAAAUAAAAAAAAAAUGCUUUUGAAUAGUUUGUUUUAAGGUAUUUAAAAACUAACUUUACAUAAGGAAAACUCUCCUAUUCCAAAUAAACGUGCAGUUUAAGAAA